CUCAUAUGUGAUGGAGGGAAAGACAAACUUUUGAGUGUUGUCAGCAGAGUUUGAGAGACUUGUGGCUACUUCCUUGGGAAUCACAACCAACAACACAAAGAAGGAAGCGUUUUAGAUUGUUGCAAAAAUAUGAAAAGAAGUUUUCCUCGAACGAAGCAGAAAUCUAUCAUUAAGAAAUACCAGCGCAAGGCAAGAUUCUCUCGAAAUGCUGACAUCUUGGUAAGAUUUUUCGAGUUGCUAUUUCAAGAUUUGUGGAAAGCUGGUGACAAACGGUUCAACAGCGUGCAACAUUUGUUGCUCAGCGAACUUUGCACGAUACCGUAGUUUGCUGAAUGACAAGAACUCUCUUAAUGGCAUUAAGUCGAGCUUGCUUGGGGAUGAGGACGCGAUUCAAUUCUACUCGAAACAGGAUUUCCUCGCUAAAAGUUUUUCACGUCACUCUUUAAUUCGCGUUUUUAAAUUAGGAAGGGGUUUCUUGAUUCAGUGAGGGGGGAACAACUUCAGAAUACCCGGCUACAAAGUUUCGAGAUAAAUGUGCUGCUACCGUGGUCCGAGGUCUGCACUUCACUGCAACAGAUAAAUGUGUUUAUGUUCGGAAUUUACAUUUAUGGCCGCAGUUUGAUCCUCUAGGGAUUUUACAUCACAUCUCGGUAUUUAAGCCUUGUCGCCUCUCGCGUUAUUCACUCGACACAGCCAGUUUUACCGCUCGCACCUUGCCGAGCUUAAUUUUUCUAGUAUGCUGUUUACGUUUAGUCUCGUAGUUUACAGUGAUGUAAUUCGUUUUUCUCCGCCACUACUUUAUUUCUUGUCCCCAAUAAACCCAACUGGUCGUGUCCUUCCUAUUUCAACGUGUUGUUGCCUUUCUGCUUAUUAGAACUUAAACGUUUUCUCUGCGGCAGAACGCAGUGACAUAGUAGAGAAAGUCUGAUCUGAAGCUGUAGUAUCAACCCUGGAAAGCAUUUUGUAGAAAAUCCAUCAGCUGACCUCUGAAAAUUAAUGUUCUUGUUAACAGAUAUUUUUAGACUACAUGCUGUUUCUAAAGCGCUUAGCUGCAGAGUCGAAUAUCAAGGCACUGGAAAGCAAGGAGAAGACGUUACAUGCUCAUCACAUCAAAAGUGUUGUGAGGGUGAGUCAGACCAUGCAUUUAACCUUCAUUUUUCUCAUAUAA